UGCUGAGAGGAGCUUUGGGAAGUCAAAUCAGAUCCUUUUGUAAGCCUCCACCACCACCACCACCACCGCUGUCGUCUCCCUUGUUCCUAUGCAGCGCACUUGACAGCUUCAUGGGUUGGGCACAUAAAGCUAUACACGUCACAGGGCUUGUAGGAGCGACGCUUCAUAAAUGUGAAGACACAGAGAAAAAGAGUGGAGAGCCGCUGGAGCCAGCAGCAGCAGCAGCAGCAGCCAGCAUCCACAACGCAGGAGCGCACUCCAAGAGCGACAAGACACUUCUACAGACAUCUGAUAAACUUAUGUCACAUAUAGAAUUUUAAAAAGAAACUAAUAAUUAUGAUGAGAAUGGGGGUUUCAUUCUAACACAUGCACGCUGGCUGUCUCUCAUUUUAUGUAAGAUCUUUGUUAGGUUGGAUGAUGCGCUUCUGACUUGGAUUAACGCGCGGUGAUAAAGGGCGAUUCUGCGCACUUGGAAAAAUUAUGUUGUCCAGGCAUCUUAGACUGCAGUAUUACCCUCAGACACAGCCAUGAAAUCUGUGCUGGACGGUGUGGCGGACACCACCUUCCGGACAAUUACAUCUGGUUUACAGUAUCUGGGCUCCAACGAUGCCAACUAUGACGACCCCCUCAAUGAUGUAGACUUCAAGGGCAGUUUCUCUCUGCAGAAGCCCUUAUCUGCUUUCCGCAGCAACUCCUUCCCAAACAAGGUACCUGCAGACGAGGAGCUCAUCCUCAAGGGCAUCCCCUUCUACCCCACCAAUGCCACAGAUUUGUUUGGCAACAGGAGCACAUUCAGAGAUGAGACUAACAAUAUACAAUGUGGGGAGAACUUUAUGGACAUGGAGUGCUUCAUGAUCCUGACCCCCAGUCAGCAGCUGGCUGUGGCUGUGUUGUCUCUAACUCUGGGUACCUUCACGGUGCUGGAGAACCUGGUGGUGCUCUGCGUCAUCUUUCAGUCCCGCACCCUCCGCUGCAGGCCGUCCUACCACUUCAUUGGCAGUCUGGCUGUGGCUGACCUGCUGGGAAGUGUCAUAUAUGUCUACAGCUUUCUGGACUUCCAUGUUUUCCACAGGAAGGACAGCCCCAAUGUUUUUCUCUUCAAGCUGGGUGGAGUCACGGCGUCGUUCACUGCAUCCGUAGGGAGCCUUUUCCUCACUGCUAUUGACCGCUACAUCUCCAUACACCGGCCUCUCUCCUACAGACGGAUCGUGACACGGACCAAGGCUGUCAUUGCCUUUUGUGUGAUGUGGACCAUCUCCAUUGUCAUCGCAGUGCUACCUCUGCUGGGCUGGAACUGUAAGCGUCUCAAUUCUGUUUGCUCAGAUAUAUUCCCUCUGAUCGAUGAGAACUACCUGUUGUUCUGGAUCGGUGUAACCAGUGUGCUGGUUCUUUUCAUUAUCUAUGCCUACAUAUACAUCCUGUGGAAAGCCCACCACCACGCUGUGCGAAUGCUGAGCCGCACCUCCCAGAAGAGCCUUGUUGUUUACUCAGCAGAUGGGACUAAAGUGCAGACCACACGCCCUGAGCAGACACGCAUGGACAUCCGUCUGGCCAAGACCCUGGUGCUUAUCCUGGUGGUGCUGGUCAUCUGCUGGGGCCCAGUGCUCGCCAUCAUGGUCUAUGACCUCUUCUGGAGGAUGGACGAUGACAUCAAGACAGUAUUUGCAUUCUGCAGCAUGCUUUGCCUGCUCAACUCCACUGUCAACCCAAUCAUCUACGCCUUGAGGAGCAAGGACCUGCGGCACGCCUUCCUCAGCUCCUGCCAUGCCUGCAGGGGCAGUGCCCAGCAGUUGGACAAUAGCCUCGAGUCAGACUGCCAGAGCAGAAAUGCCAACAUUUCUGCCAACAGGGCUGCAGAGAGCUGCGUGAAGACCACUGUGAAAAUAGCCAAAGUAACAAUGUCUGUGUCAACUGAAACUUCUGCUGAGGCUGUCUAAUUGGCCGUCAGGGGGGGAAACUGUAAAUGUCAUCCUCCCCCAAAGAAUGCCAUUCAACAAAAUAACGCAGAAGUUAGAUAUUCCAGAGAAAAAAAAUAAUCUCCUGAAAGUAUUGACUUACAUCCUCACAUAGACGCUUUAGUGGUUGCAUUAUUUUAUGUCAGUGUGUGAGUACAUAGUGUGCCAAAGUGCCAAAUGGUAUUGCAAAGUUCAUAGAAAGGACACACAAUUUGAAAGGAUUAUCAAAGACUAUCAUAAGUCUGCUGUUUACCAUAGACUUCAUGAUAUCCAGUUAGUGAAGUCAUAUUAUAUUUUUGUACUGUGAAUUCAGGUUUUGAAACCAAUUUAUCUUCAUUUAUGGGAUAAGGGGCUACUGACAUUUUUAAUUCGAGAUGUUUUAUUGUGUCAUUUAGACUUUAAUGUGUGUCUUGCAGCAUAAAUAUAACAAAUUCCGCGCCUUGACAGGCUUCGUGUACAUGUUGCAUAUAGACAUUUCUAUGAGGAAAUGAUAAAAAAAAAGUUCAAAUGACUCUGAUUGUUUAUUUCCAAAAUAGCCAUUAAACUUGUCACUUUUGUACUUCAUCUGACAACACUCAGUGAGUGGCAAAUGUGUGAAGAGAUUUUGAGAAAUGAGAGGUGAUUCAUGCUCAAGAUAAAAAAACACAAAACAUUUUUAUCACCAUCACAAAUAAACUCUAAUGAGAUGGAGGUAAACGGAUUCACGGCUUUUGAGUACGUCAAAUCUGAAAUGGCAUUUUCUGUGGCAGAGUGACGAUCGUCCCUGUUGUCCAUUUCUUUACUCGCUAGCUGUUAGACCUUUAGAGUAACGUGUCUUUGUUCAAAUGUAUACCUAACAACUGUACAGUGCUUUCUUGCAAAAUAAAAUGUUCAAAUCGACUUGUUCAGCUGUACAGCCAACACAACAACAGCAAACUUCUGGCAAAAGCUUGAACUCAUCAAACUGAAUUUGGACCCAGUGUGCUGGUCACUACUGUAACAAACUGAAGUGGUUUCUGACUACAGCUGCUUUCAACAAAUGUAUGAUUUUACUGGAUUCAGUGUGUAUGUGUGUGAUACCUUGUGACUUGGUGAUAUAUUUCCAACCCCAAGCCUUUUGAUCAUUGCAGUGAGUUGUUUUAGUGCUACUGUUGCAGCGGGGCAUCAUUUCGGAAAAUAAAAGUAACCCAUGCACCGACCUAGUGAAGUACUUUUGGCGUAACUCUAAAUAAAAAUAUGUCUGCUGUUUGUUUUUUUUUACUUAUCUAAACAAAUAAACAAGGGUCUUUUCAUUAGCUGGUAACUUGAAUGGAAGUCUGUGUGUAUGCAUUGUGUGGAGAAUCGACAACAGACCUUACAAAAGAAUUUGAGAAGAUGUGAUGUAGUACUUUUAAUCUAGAAAUCUCACAGCACAAUUGUUCUGUAGACAUUUAUCUUGGUGUAAAGUUAUCCAGACAGCUGUUUAUCAGUAUGCUUUGCUGCCUCUUGUAUUAUUGGGUAUUGAAGAUCAAAAUGUCAACUGUCAAGUGGCUUCUGUACAGUGUUGGCAUAAUGAGAAAUCUAUGACUUAAAAAUCACAUUCAGUCAAGUGUUUUUAGUAUUGCUGUUUUCAAACUUUUGAAUAAAGUCGCAGCUGGUUGUCA